AUGCCAAAAUUGUGGUGCUUCAAUGGCCGGCACAAAGCCCCGACUUUGAACCCUAUCGAAAACAUGUGGGCAGAAAUGAAAGCAAUGGCGCGUCGUCGUGAUUCACCACCAUCUAAUAUUCAAGUACAUGAGAAGUGUGAUGAAG